AUGACUUUUAGAUACGAAGUAUUUGGGAAAUACAAUGAGACCACAUUAAAAGAAUUGAAUGGCACUAAAAUAUUCUUUUUCCUUUAGAAUUAGGUCAAUGUCAAAUCUUAAUAAUUAAUUAACAUAAUAUUAGAUGGCAAUCAAAAAUCUCUAAUAACUAGUUUAACAAAAGAAAUUUAUUCAAAAUUUUGUCAACAAUGUGAUUUUUCAAUAAAUGAAGAGAUCAAUCCAUCUAAUGUCUAAUUAGCAUAAUAAUUUUCUCAAUAUCUAUCAAGAAUAACAAUAGAAUUGUAGGAAUUAUAUUUUUUGUAAAUCUCAAUCAAUGACACAGAUACUUAAUAAUUCUAAUUUGAAGCAACUUCGGUUAUUGAUAUAUAAAAGGAGAUGUUCUAUUAAGUAUUGGAAUAGAUUUAUGGACAUGAGAUUGGAAACUUUAGAAAUCCAGAAGUAAGCAUUUCAAUAGCAUUUGUUGAAUAUUUUAGACAGGUAUUGAUUAAAAAGUUUAGAGGAUAUAAAAUGAACUAUAAAAAGAAGAAAUAAUUGUUUUUAUUAUAAAAUGGAGAUAUAAUAGUAUCUUAAUUCAAUAAUUAAAUGACAAUCCCACUAUCAACAAGUAGAGUGAUACACUUUUAAAAACCGCGCUUCUGUUAUUAAUAAAGUUUAUUAUCAGAAUAAUCUUUAAUAUAAAUUGUUAGUGAGGGUUUUUUGGAUGAGAAUUUCGAUUAGAAUGGAUAAGCAAUUGUUUUAUCUAAGGGUAAUUUGGUUUAUUAAGGAAAUAUGUAAGCUGGUUUAUUAAAUGGCGAAGGAACAAUAAAGAAUCUAUAAAAUUAAAUAAUUUAUUAGGGAAAUUUUGUUCAUAACAAAAAGCAUGGCUUUGGAAAUAUCUUGUACAAUAACAGGUAUUAUUGUGGAUAAUUCAAUGAUGACAUGAUGAAUGGAUAAUUCUAGAUAUGCAAUGAAAAAAAUGGAUGUACUUACUAUUUUUAUCGCAACCAAUAAGUUAAUAAAUAGGAUUUCGAAUAACAGAAUUGCUACUAAAUAAAAUCUCAAGAGGGAGUUUAGACUAUUUCAAAAGUUCUAUCAAAUACAUAGGUUUCAUAAAGUAUUUGUUCAUAUAAAGACUUUGACAUCACAAUAUAGGCUUAUGAUGCCUUAAACAUUGGACAUUGGUUGUUUGAAACUUCAUUAGAUUAUUUUUUGGAUUGCUUCAAGCAUUUUUUUACUUAUUCUGAAUAGGCUACGAAUGGGUAAACUGUAAUUUUUAAUACAAGUGAAACCUCAAAUUAUAUCAAUUGCGAUUAUGAAUAGAAGUUCUAUUAUCAUGAAAAACUGUAUUAGGAAUUGAAUAAGGAUAUUAGGGAUAAGAAAAGGAAAGUGUUUGUAAUGAAUUCUUAAAGAUCACAUUUCUUAGUAAUGAUAGAGGACAACAAAUAACUAUAUGCUUGUGAUUCUUUGUAUCAUGUGAAUAAGAAUCUUGAAAAUGCUUUUUAUAAUUUACUAAAAUUGGAAAAUAGAAGUUGCAGAGUAUUGAAGUGUAGUUAAUAGAGAAAUGGCUAUGAUUGUGGCAUAUUUGCAUUGUUUUAUGCUAUUUAAUUUAUGAAAUAUGAUAAUUUGAAUAUGAAUGAGAUGGAGAAGAAAUUGUGUUUAGAAGAUCCUGCUUAAAUUAGAUGGCAAUUGAAACAAUUUGUAAAAUAUAAUCAUGAUUAUAUAUUAACAAACUUUUGA